UUAUGUCCGAUUCCAUUUUUUCUUCCAGGAAAACCAGAGCUAUCCUCAAUCCUCCACAUCCCCAAAGAUACGGCAUACAACAUGGACUACACUCUGGCCCUCCUGUUUUCCCUGCUGCAAGUUUUAAGUGUGUGUUCGGCCGCUCCUGUGCCGCCGGAAGUAGUGAUGAUGAAGUCCAAGGUUAAGUGGAUGGCAGAGCAGCUUGUUGACAGGCUGGACAAAGACUUCAAGUACCCGGCCAGCCUGACACCUGCUGACAACCUGAACGGAGCAUCCUCCAUAGUGACGGUCCUGGACGGUUACAACAGCCUGAUCUCCGACACCUUUCACAGGGUCCCCCGGGUCAAAUUGGAAAUCUCCUCAUUGACGGGUUAUGUUGAUCAGUGGAGGAAGGGGCACUGCAGCGAGUGGCGGCCAAAGCCCUCGAUGCCCGAGCCGAGGCUGCAGAGUCCGAAAGAGUUCAUUCACACAGCGAGCAUUGAGGCUCUGAUGAGAGUGAAGGAGUUUCUGAAUCUGCUGCUGAAGAACCUGGAUCAACUGGAGACUUGUUAAAAGUCAGACAUGAGGACCAAUAUUUUUAAAUCGGCAUCAGUGAUGUCGCUCGUGGCCAUAUUGAACUUUUGCCAUGUGUUUUGAAGGAAAUUUAUUCUUGAACAUGCACUUAUUUUUAUACAUAUGUAUUUAUUUAUCUACUUUACUUAGAAAAUAUGUAUUUUGUACCAAUUAUUGUCUUUUUCAUCAGCAUGUGUGUAGCACGGGAAUGUUUGCAUGUAAACUAAUCCUGAGCACAUUUUGCACAGACACUUCAGCUGCUCAUAGGUCUGUAUUACAGGACACAAAUGUUGCAUCAACAAAAUAGGAAUCUACACAUUAGCUCAGUCCUGAAGUUGACUCAGCACUGUGAGGAGGAGGCAUCACAUCGAACAGUGAUGUCAGCCAUUGAGGAAAGUUGCCAAGAACAACAGGUGUGUUUGCAUGAGAACAGGAAGGGUAAAGGGCAACUUCGACUUCAGCGCAAUAUCAUGUUAUUUAAAUCCAUAGAUUGACAUUUUGUAUAUUUUUGUACA